AUGGCGGCCCUGAUCGUGCCGUUUGGCAUCUCCCACUUGCUUCACUACCUGAAGCUUGGUUGGGGCAUACCCGGUACGACCACCACUUGGAUCCAGUCGGCCCUCUUGCGGCGCUACUUGAACUACAGCACGGCCUCGCAGAAUCUCACGAAGCCUGCACAAGAUGGCUACUGCAACAUCCUCGCUCUGAUGGAGAAGCUGGGCAAUGUGGCAGUGAUGAUCUUCUUCCAGUUCACGGCGCCCGCCGUCUUCGGGAAGCCCUUUCGGCCCAUGUCCAUCGCUGUGGUGAUGGUGUUGCCCUUGGCCGCGGCUGCCAUGUCCCUGGUGUCUGGGUUUCCGGUUCGGUCUUUCCAUCACAGCGUAGCCAGGCAUCGCUUCGCAAGGGCGGCGCCAUCUCCCAUCCUGUGCAGGGCUCAAGAGGAUGGUGAGCGAGCACAGCGACGGCGCAACUCCUUGGAAUACCUGCUGGGGCUCCUCUUGACGCCCUCGGCGGCUGCCGCUGGUGGAAUCGGCGCCGGUGCGAGCGCCGCACGGCGCUUGCGGGGGAAGACUGCCGUCGUCACAGGGGCUAGCCGCGGCAUCGGCAAGGGCAUUGCAGUUGCACUGGGCGAAGCUGGUGCCAAGGUUUUUGUUACCGGCAGGCGGAAAAACGCUGUUGAGGCCACGGCAGCUUUGGCGACGCGCGCCGGCGGCGAAGGUGUGGCCGUCGUGUGCGAUCACGCGGUAGACGAGCAGGUGAAGGUCGCGUUUACUCAGAUUCAGGAGCAGACGGGUGGAAAGCUUGAUAUCUUGGUGAACAAUGCCUUCCAGGAUCCGGCUCAGCGAGAUUCCAAAAGUGACGAGCUUCUGGGCAAGGGCGCCAAAUUCUUCGAGCUGCCCUUGCAAGUCUGGGAUGACGUCCACCGAGUUGGUCUGCGCUCCCACUACGUGGCCUCGUACUAUGCAGCGCCACUGCUACUCAAUGCUGCCAGCGACGACUGGCGACCCCUGGUGUGUGUGACGUCCGCGCCUGCCGCAGUCACGUACUACUACGCCACUGCCUAUGGCGUCGCAAAAGCCGGCAGUGACCGGCUGGUCCGCGAUCUGCAGGUGGAGCUCGGCCCUCUUGGCAUCGACUGUGUCAGCAUCUGGCCCGGGGUGGUCUACACUGAGUUCGUUCAGUCUUUGUAUGAAAAAGGCGAUGUUGAGAGGAUCAACCGCGUGACAGGCGGCCGUGAUCCCAACGUGGUUUGCGAAAGUCCGCUGCUCACGGGCCGGGUGAUCGGGCGUCUCGCGGAGGAGCCUGGCAUCCGGAAGCCACCGCUGCUCAGCUCUGGGGGUCUCACCAGCCGAGUCUGCGUCGUGGCGGAGGGCGCGAGAGAUCUCGGCCUGCGCGAUGGUGGGCUGCCUGGUACCGUGGCAGCUGAGCUCUACGGCCCCGACCGGGAGCCUGCAGCCUCCAUCCGCUCGCUGGGCUAUUUGCUGCCUGCUUUCCUUCCAGACAAGCUGCCUCCAAGCUUGCGGUGGCUGGUGGAGCCCGGAGGGCCUUUGGCCAGCAAGGACAUCCGGGUGCCCUUCGAUCUGAUGGCUCAGGAUCCCCGCACGGAGGAUCCUAGGAAGCAGGAUCUGAAAGACUUCGCCAAGGUGCUGACCAACACCGUUUCCGUUCCCGACUAG